AUGAGAUCGUUCGUGCUUCUAUUCGCUGUUCUGGCCGCCGUUGCCAGCGCCGAAUGGAUCGACAUCGAUUGGUCCACGGUGCGUCCGAUCGAGGAGUUCGACCACUACUGGGAGCGUCUGCCAGCUGAGCUGCAAGUCUACCGCGAGAAGCUUCCGUCGCACCGCAUCACCAACGGGCAGGAGGCGACACCCGGCCAGUUCCCGUUCCAGAUCGCUUUGAUCAGUGAAUUCGCGUCCGGUAACGGUCUUUGCGGUGGCUCCGUGCUGACGCGCAACUUUAUCCUGACCGCUGCUCAUGGAUUUGGACGCACUUCGGAUGCGAGCUCUGCUACCUCGGCUGUGGUUAGGUUCACCACCAACCCGGUGAUGACCAAUGCGGACUGUAUUGCCCGCUGGGGCUCAACUGUAGUUAACCAGCACGUAUGCCUGAGCGGAGCAGGAGGACGCUCGUCCUGCAACGGAGACUCUGGUGGUCCGCUGACCGUCCAGUCCGGUGGAACGAUGCAGAUCGGUGUGGUGUCGUUUGGAUCCGUUAAUGGCUGUGCCAUCGGUAUGCCCUCGGUGUAUGCUCGUGUGACGUUCUUCUUGGACUGGAUCGUGGCCAACUCGGACUUUGUUCCGCAGCCGUAA